UGUUGUUGGAUUUAAUUUAUUAACAACUGACACUGUCUACACUGAAUAGGAAAUAAUUUUAAGCAUUUCAAUUAAAUGGAAAAUAUAAAAACCUAGAGGUGAACAAUGCAACAUUUUGAUGACAAACUCAAAUAGCAAUUGUUGUACUUGAGUUUCAUAAAAGUGAAAAAAAAUACUAGAAUGGGUAGAUGGAGAGUUGGAUAGAAAAAGAUACAUAUAAAAACCUGUAAGAAUUCAAAGUUUGUGAGAUGAAUGAAUGCAGUUAAAAUUUAUUUCCUGACGUACUUCCCAAAUAUUAUUAAAAUGAUACUGUUAUCGAUAAAUAGGUUAAGUAGGGUUUAAUGUAUCUUAUCUGUUUUCUCUGCUUAUUUAAAAGAUUUUCAAUCGUCAUAGUCACAAUUUCAAGUCUUAAUAACUUAAAAAGAAAAAAAACAGGAGAAAGGAUUGCCUCAAAUAACAGAAAAUUAGUGGAUGCUUGUGUUUUAUAGUGAAUCGAUAAAAACCACAGUGGAGAAUGACAAAAUCCAUGAUAUUACAAAUAUACGGUGGAGUUCGCCAAAGAACGACCUGUCUAAUGUAAACUGUUCAACAUAGGGGUCAAUCAUUCAUCGACCUUUUUUGUAGUAUUCUCAAUAAUUAUUGGAAAUUGAAGUUACGAUAAGUAUCUAUCAGUUAUGACACAUGGAAAAUUUGAAAAAGUACUUCAAAGGUGGAUUGCCUUUUUUGAUAAAUUGUAUUUUCAUUUCUGGUUAGCGUUUUUUUAGCGAGUUUAGACGAUCUGGCCCUUCUAUCCCAAACGCAACAACAGAUGCAGGAGAAGACAAACAGUGUGGCAGCAACAAUAGGUCUCAAUAUACACAAAGGGAAAAGCAAGAUUCUCCGAUACAACACAGAAUGCACCAAUCCAGUCACAAUUGAUGGAGAAGAUUUGGAAGAUGUAAAAACCUUUACGUAUUUGGGCAGCAUCAUUGAUGAACAGGGUGGAUCUGAUGAAGAUGAGAAGGCGCAGAUCGGCAAAGCAAGAGCAGCAUAUUUACAACUGAGGAACAUCUGGAACUCAAAGCAACUGUCAACCAACACCAAGGUCAGGAUUUUCAAUACAAAUGUCAAGACAGUUCUACUGUAUGGGGCAGAAACCUGGAGAACUACGAAAGCCAUCAUCCAGAAAAUACAGGUGUUUAUUAACAAUUGUCUACGCAAAAUACUUCAGAUCCAUUGGCCGGACACUAUUAGCAACAACCUACUGUGGGAGAGAACAAACCAGAUCCCAGUGGAGGAAGAAAUCAGGAAGAAGCGCUGGAAGUGGAUAGGACACACAUUGAGGAAAGCACCCAACUCCGUCACAAGACAAGCCCUCACAUGGAAUCCUGAAGGUCAAAGGAAAAGAGGAAGACCAAAGAACACAUUACGCCGAGAAAUGGAGAUAGACAUGAGAAAAAUGAACAAGAAUUGGAUGGAACUAGAAAAGAAGGCCCAGGACAGAGUGGGUUGGAGAAUGCUGGUCAGCGGCCUAUGCUCCAUUGGGGGUAACAGGCGUAAGUAAGUAAGUAUUUUCAUUUCCGUAAAACAAAGUAAUCACUCUUGACAAUAUAAUGUAUUAUUAAUAAUUAUAUACAAAUUAGACAUUAUAUUUACUUGUAAACGUUGGAAAUUUAUUAUGCUGAGCCAAUGUUAUCUUAGACGUGUUGAGAUUAUAAAACUCACUAUUGCUUCUUUUUUAAUGCAGUGUCACAAGAAACGAAAUAUGCAUUUUGUCAGCUAAACUUAUAAAAAAAAAUAAACCUACUGGCAAAUCUAGAGAGAGAUGAAGGAUUUCCUUCAAAGAAAACAAUUAAGAGAAUAUAAUAAAGGAAAACAUAAGACUAAAAAUAAUAAAAAAAUGUAACCGGGUAGUUAUAACUCAUAGACAUAUUAUUAUUACUAUAUG